AUGGCUGACGAAGUCUACGACGGUGCCAUUGGCAUCGAUCUUGGCGCCCACCGCCUCACGCUCGGCCUCGAAUUGUUUACGCAGUUGACGUGCCAAUUCCUGGCCAACAGAACAACCACGAGCGUCCAGUUCCAACAAGAGCCAUCGCUGACCAUCGCCCUUUUAGGUACCACCUACUCUUGCGUUGCUACGUACGAGGGUACCAAUGUCGAGAUCAUCGCCAACGAGCAGGGUUCGUUCACCACGCCCUCGUUCGUCUCCUUCACCGACAAGGAGCGCCUGAUCGGUGAGGCUGCCAAGAACCAGGCUGCCAUGAACCCCACGAACACCGUCUUCGAUGUCAAGCGUCUCAUCGGUCGCCGCUUCGACGACCCCGAUGUCAAGAAGGACACCGACACCUGGCCCUUCAAGGUCAUCGAUGACAACGGUUCCCCCAAGGUCGAGGUCCAGUACCUCGGCGAGACCAAGUCUUUCUCCCCCCAGGAGAUCUCCUCCAUGGUCCUCACCAAGAUGAAGGAGAUUGCUGAGGUCAAGCUCGGCAAGAAGGUUGAGAAGGCCGUCAUCACCGUCCCCGCCUACUUCAACGACAACCAGCGUCAGGCCACCAAGGAUGCCGGUGCCAUCGCUGGUCUCAACGUUCUCCGUAUCAUCAACGAGCCCACCGCUGCCGCCAUCGCCUACGGUCUCGGCGCUGGCAAGUCCAACAAGGAGCGCAACGUUCUCAUCUACGAUCUCGGUGGUGGUACUUUCGAUGUCUCCCUCCUGAACAUCCAGGGUGGUGUCUUCACCGUCAAGGCCACUUCCGGUAACACCCAUCUUGGUGGCCAGGACUUCGACACCAGCCUCCUCGAGCACUGCAAGAAGGACUUCCAGCGCAAGUCGAAGAAGGAUAUCUCCAACGACCCCCGUGCCCUGCGUCGUCUCCGCACUGCUUGCGAGCGUGCCAAGCGUACCCUGUCCAGCGGUGCCCAGGCCACCAUUGAGAUUGACUCCCUCUUCGACGGCGAGGACUUCCAGAUGCAGAUCACUCGUGCCCGUUUCGAGGAGCUCAACGCCAAGGCCUUCAACGGCACCCUCGAGCCCGUCGCCCAGGUCCUGAAGGAUGCCAACCUCCAGAAGAGCGCCGUUGAGGAGAUUGUCCUCGUCGGUGGUUCCACUCGUAUUCCCCGUAUCCAGAAGCUCCUGUCCGAGUUCUUCGACGGCAAGAAGCUCGAGAAGAGCAUCAACCCCGACGAGGCUGUUGCCUACGGUGCCGCCGUCCAGGCCGGUAUCCUCUCCGGCAAGGCUACCUCCGCCGAGACCGCCGACCUCCUGCUUCUCGACGUCUGCCCCCUGUCCCUCGGUGUCGCCAUGGAGGGUAACAUCUUCGCCCCCGUCGUUCCUCGCGGCAACACUGUUCCGUGUAUCAAGAAGAGGACCUUCACCACUGUUGCCGACAACCAACAAACCGUCCAGUUCCCCGUCUACCAGGGUGAGCGUGUCAACUGCGAGGACAACACCUCGCUGGGUGAAUUCACUCUGGCUCCCAUCCCCCCCAUGCGCGCCGGUGAGGCCGUCCUCGAGUGUGUCUUCGAGGUUGACGUCAACGGUAUCCUCAAGGUCACCGCCACCGAGAAGACCUCCGGCCGUAGCGCCAACAUCACCAUCUCCAACUCUGUCGGCAAGCUCUCUUCUCACGAGAUUGAGAACAUGAUCAACGACGCCGAGAAGUUCAAGUCCAGCGACGAGGCCUUCUCCAAGAAGUUCGAGGCCAAGCAGCAGCUCGAGUCCUACAUUGGUCGCGUUGAGGAGAUCAUCUCUGACCCGACACUGUCCCUCAAGCUCAAGCGCGGCCAGAAGGACAAGAUUGAGCAGCAGGUCAGCGAGGCCAUGGCCAAGCUUGAGAUCACCGACGCCUCGGCUGAGGACCUCAAGAAGCAGGAGCUCGCUCUUAAGCGUCUCGUCACCAAGGCCAUGUCUUCACGAGCACUUAGUAAAGGCCGUUUAACCUACUACGGAUACUACCGCGCUUUACAACUAUACGGCAGUGAAGAGGGCAUCGCCAAGGAGGCCUCGAAGACAAAUACGCUCUUUGAGGAGUGGUGUAAGAAGCACGAGGGUCGUAUUGACGAAUUCCGAUCAAAGGCUCGCCAAGAAGGAUUCCCCGAUCCUCGCUACGGCGAUUUAAAGCACAUUAUCUAUACGAAUUCCUCCAGUGUUUCUAGGGCGGUUCCAGAGGACGAAGCCAAAGACCUCAUGGAAAAUUUUGGGCAACCACCUUGGAUUACUGACGAAGCUGGCCACCCAGCCAAGACCUGGAACCCUGAUAAUGAGGAGUGGCUUGAGUUCAUCGUUGAGGGAGAAGGCAAGUCUUCCAGUUCAAUGUCAUUGAAGGAAAUCAGCGGCAGCAGUGUGGCCAGCGGUGUCCGCACCGCUAUACGCCAAGUUGAGAAACACGUUGAGGUUUACAACUCAUUCCUCGUGGCCCAGAGCACCGACGGUCUCCCACGUCUCCAAGACGACCUCCAGCAAGUCCUUGACUUCCUUAAUGACCUCGACAAAAAGCAGAAGAACGAUUCUUCAGAUCAGGACGAACCUUCGAAACUCAACCCUGCAGAGCUCAUGAAACACAUCGGGGAUAUGGCCAUGAAACUCGAAAAAAGGAAACGAGAAGGAGAAAUCUUAACCCUGGCGUUGCAACCGCAUCUCUUCUAA